GUGAGGCAGGAGGAGUUCAGCCGUGCUCCAGGUCUCCCAUGCGUGAAGAACGGAGGAGAACGAGGAAGAGGAGGGUUGCUGUGGGUGUUUGCCAUUGAGGAGUGCUGCGUGGGAUCCCUGCCACUCUUAUGAGCCUGCCAACUGCCACCGGCCCGAGAUGUCAGCCGGCGACAAGAACGGGGGCAGCCGCUCCAGCAGCAGCCGCCUGCAGAGCAAGAAGCCCCCCAACCUCUCCAUCAUCAUCCCCCCCCGGGAGGCAGAGGAGGAUGGUGCCCGCAAGGAGCCCUCCAAGGUCCCCAUCUACCGAAAGAGCAAGAGCCUGCAGGAGCCCCGCUCGAAGGGAUGCGACGGCUCGGAGCGCCGGCCCGGCUUCCGCCGGCAGACUUCCCUGUCCCAGAGCAUCCGCAAGGGCACGGCGCAAUGGUUUGGCGUCAGCAGCGACUGGGAGGGGAAGCGGCAGCAGUGGCAACGCAAGAGCUUGCAGCACUGCAGCAUGAGAUACGGCAAGCUGAAGCCUGCCUACCGGGACAUGGAGCUGCCCAGCCAGGAGGUGCCCUCCUUCCAAGGCACCGAGUCACCCAAGCCUGCCAAGAUGCCCAAGAUUGUGGACCCGCUGGCCAGGGGCCGUCCCUUCCGCCAUCCCGACGAGACCGAACGCCCACACACACCCCACCACGUCCUGCCCCCGCUCACCCCCGGCGUCGUCUCCUUGGCGUCCUUCAACAGCAUCCGCUCCGGCUACGGCCGCCUGCCACGCAGGAAGAGGGAGUCCGUUGCCCACAUGAGCUUCAAGGCGGCCGCAGCCCUUCUCCGUGGACGCUCUGCCCUGGAGCCGCUGGCUCCCAAGCAGAGGAGCAACAAGAGGAGCUUUGUGUACCCCAGCUUCAUGGACGAGGACAUGGUGGACGCUGCUGAUACCCUGGACUCGUCCUUCUUCAGUAAGAUGGACAUGCACGACGAGACGUACUCCAUGCCCGAUGAUGUCUUUGAGUCACCGCCUCUAUCGGCCACGUAUUUACGCAUGCACCCGGUGGGGGAGGAUGCCAGGGUGUCCCCCGAGGUGGAGCAGCCCACCCCGCAGGAGGGUGUCCGGCUCGCUUCGGCCUCUGCUGGCGCCGGCCCGGCUCCCCGGCGAGGCAGGCGCAUCGCUUCCAAAGUGAAGCACUUCGCCUUCGAUCGCAAGAAACGGUACUAUGGGCUGGGGGUGGUGGGGAAGUGGCUGAACAGGACGUACCGCCGCAGCCUGAGCAGCAUCGUGCAGUCGCAGCUGGAGAUCACCGACAGCCAUCGGCCAUAUUUCACGUACUGGAUCACCUUUGUCCACAUCCUCAUCACCUUGCUGGUCAUCGGCACCUACGGCAUCGCCCCCAUCGGCUUCACUCAGCACGUGACGACAGAGUUAGUGCUGAGGAACAAGGGCGUCUACGAGAGCGUCAAGUACAUCCAGCAGGAAAACUUCUGGAUCGGGCCCAGUUCGAUCGACCUGAUCCACCUGGGAGCCAAGUUCUCCCCCUGCAUCCGGAAGGAUCGGCAGGUGGAGCAGCUCAUCCAGCGCGAGCGGGACCGGGAACGUGGCUCCGGCUGCUGCGUCCAGAACGACAACUCGGGUUGCAUCCAGACCCUGCCGCAGGACUGUUCGGAGACGCUGGCGACGUUCAUCAAGUGGCCGGGCACCAACGCGCCGGCCAUGGGCUCGGGUAAGAAGCGGACGUCGGGGGCCGUGUGUCAUCAGGACCCCAGGACAUGCGAGGAACCGGCAUCCAACCCACCCCAUGUGUGGCCAGACGACAUCACCAAGUGGCCGAUCUGCACCUACGAGACCAAAACCAACCACACGGGCUUUGCCCACAUGGACUGCCAGAUCAAGGGCAGGCCCUGCUGCAUCGGCACCAAGGGCAGCUGCGAGAUCACGACGCGGGAGUACUGCGAGUUCAUGCACGGCUACUUCCACGAGGAGGCAACGCUCUGCUCGCAGGUGCACUGCCUGGACGAGGUGUGCGGCCUCCUGCCCUUCCUCAACCCAGAGGUCCCCGACCAGUUGUACCGCCUGUGGCUGUCCCUGUUCCUGCACGCCGGCAUCAUCCACUGCCUGGUGUCGGUGACUUUCCAGAUGACGGUGCUGAGGGACCUGGAGAAGCUGGCGGGCUGGCAUCGCAUCUCCAUCAUUUUCAUCCUCAGCGGCAUCACGGGCAAUCUGGCCAGUGCCAUCUUCCUGCCGUACAGGGCGGAGGUGGGCCCUGCCGGGUCCCAGUUCGGCUUGCUGGCCUGCCUCUUCGUGGAGCUCUUCCAGAGCUGGCAAGUCCUGGAGAAACCCUGGAAAGCCUUCCUCAACCUCUUCGGCAUCGUCCUCUUCCUCUUCAUCUGUGGCCUUUUGCCAUGGAUCGAUAACAUCGCUCACCUCUUCGGCUUCCUCAGCGGCCUCCUCCUCUCCUUCGCCUUCCUGCCCUACAUCACCUUCGGCACGGUGGACAAGUACCGCAAGCGAGCCAUGAUCAUCGUCUCCUUGCUGGUCUUCGUGGGGCUCUUUGCCUCGCUGGUGGUCUGGCUCUACGUCUACCCCGUGAACUGGCGCUGGGUGGAGUAUCUCACCUGCCUGCCCUUCACCAGCAAGUUCUGCGAGAAGUAUGAGCUGGAGCAGGUCCUGCACUGACCCCGCCGGCAGGGACGGGGCUGGGAGAGGUGCUGGUGGUGAUGCUUUCCAUGGGGUGGGUCUUCACCAGCCUGUGGGAGAUGGCAGCGGCUGCUCCGGGUUGGGGCAGACCCUGGGCACAGCUUCAUCCUUGGGGCUGGUGGGUUUGGGCUCACCCCUGUUAAAUGCUGGGGAUGCAGUGGAGAGUGGGGCUGGAGCCACUCUGCCUUGCACCCCUUUGGGGCUGCCUCUUGGCGCUGAAAAGCCAUAACUGGUUUGGGGACCGACCCCGGCUGUUGCCUGUGUGGGGAAAGGGCCGAGGGAAGUGGGAUUUUGCUGCGUCCACAGCCAGGCUGGGCUCCCAGCCCUGGGGCAAGGGGCCUCGAAAGCUCCUGGGAACGAAGCUACCGAGGUCUCCUGCCAGUGCCCCUGCCUGCCUUGGGACCCCAUCCUGCCUCGGUGCCCCCAGGUGCUGCAGCUCAUACUGUGAACACAACCCCCUUUUUUGCAGGGGCACUUUUUUUUUUAUCCGCAGCUCUUUAGGCUGAGGGUUUCCCCCACUUUGGGCUCCCCAGAGCCUCUGCUGUGGCUCUGAGGUGUUCAGAGCUGAGCUUUGAAGGUGUUUUUCAGUCCCACUCUCAAAUCUGAUGCUCCCCUGAGGCCACGGAAGGAGGCUUGUGCUUCCCCACUUGGGUUCCUCACUGGAUGAAGAGGCAGGACUCAGGCUAGGGGAGCUUCUUUUCCCCUUAUUUCAGUGAAAUUCCCUUUUUGGAAGCAGAAGCGGCACAUACUGCGUUUGUAGUGCCAUGCUGGGAGGCAGGCAUGGAGAAAAACACCCUGGGGGGCUUGCGUGGCUGCUCCUGAAGCCCACAGACCCCUUGGGAAGCUGUCAGCGGUCCCACCUUUCCCUUCUCCCUCAAGUCCCUGCUGUUACCCCUCUCCCUUUUUCAAAUCGUAGAGACCCAGGUAACUUCCCCCCCCUGCCUCAAACGGUGCUGGACAGAUGGAGAAGCGUCGGAUGGGUAGUUGCCAUCCCCCUUCCCUGCCCGAGGCUGCACAUCCCUGCCUGCCCCCAGCCCUGGGCUCCUGCUCCCCAGCAUCUCCUCCUCCCUCCCACCGGCCGCAGCACGAAGGCAGGUCCUUCCCGGGGUCCGGGUGACUCCUCUGGGCUGGUUUGGACCCAGGCUGGUGCCGGGCUGUCUCUCCCCUUGUAGGUGUUGCUUUGGUGUUGGUGGGUCUCAGCGCUGUUAAAUGGGGGAAGGUGUGAAUCCCCCAGCUGGGAUGUCCUGGGACGAGUAUUCAAGGGCUGGGAGCUCGGCUCCCUCUGUCCACAUCUGCUCUCCAGGUGACCCAGGAGAUCUGUGGCACUGCGUCCCUCCCUGUGUCCCUCCUUCCACCAUGGCCAGUUUUCAGCCCCUCUCUGACCCUCUGGUGCUGCUCCAGCCAAAGACAGACACUUCACCUCAUUUGUCUCUUUUUGAUACUUUUUUUAAAAGCUGUGGGUUUUUUUCCCUCUUAAUAAAUUUCUACCUGUAUUUAAUGAGA